CGGAAACGGAAAUGUCUCGCUGUGUCAUAUUGGGGUUGUGAAUGAAACCAUAGAUAUAUAUAAAGCCUUUAUAUAUAUAUAUAUAUAUAUAUAUAUAUAUAUAUAUCUAUGAAUGAAACGAGCUAACAGCCAUUCGCCUGGGUCCUGUUAGCUUAGCCUUGAUCCUGUUAGCUUAGCUUAGAUCCUGUUAGUCUGGAUCCGGUUAGCCUGAGUUGUUUUCAGCCCGGCUGACGGCUCUCAUGUAGCCGCUUUCUACACACAUCUGCCGGUAAAUGAAAUCAAAGUUAUUUAGGCUAUUUAGGUUAUUUACGGUUAUUUGGGUUAUUUACGGUUUUAUCUGAUGCGUUAACACAGCGGCAUGUUGCAUUCAGAAGGUUCAGGAAAGUCAGAAAUCCCUGAAACCUGUUUAUAAGACUAAACAUAGUAAUUUCUAAUGUAAUUCAUUAAUAAAACAGUGUAAAGGUUUUAAUACAGGCUGUACUUUUCGUACUUUAACAACCUUAUAUUCUUUCUGUUAAAAUGAAAGUGUUCAGGAUCUGGUCCACAGAGCGGCACAUUUAAAACAUGAAGAUUUUCAUUUGAACAGUGUUUCCUCAAACGUCUCACCUGUCGCUUUAAGGCGACGUCAUCACAGCUGUCCAAUCAGCACCAGCCAAACAGUGAAGCACUAUCCAUAAAGGCUCCUGUAGAAAGUUCUGAUUCAGACGGUUCCUCGUGUUCCUGUCGAUGCUCUGGAGCCGUGGGCCUGCUGCUGCUUCAGAGGAUGAUCCAGUUCGUGCUGAUGGUGAACCGGCAGGGUCAGACCCGACUGUCCCGGUACUACCAGCCCGUGGAGCUGACCAGGAGGGCGGCGCUAGAGGCUGACGUGGUGCGAUGCUGCCUGAGCCGCAGGAAGGAGCAGUGCUCGUUCGUGGAGUACAAGGACUUCAAACUGGUUUACCGCCAGUACGCGGCUCUGUACAUCGUGGUCGCUGUCACGGACGCAGAGAACGAGCUCUCCGUCUACGAGCUGGUCCACAACUUUGUGGAGGUUCUGGAUAAAUACUUUAGUCGAGUGAGUGAACUGGACAUCAUGUUCAACCUGGACCGAGUCCACGUCAUCCUGGACGAGAUGAUCCAGAACGGACACAUCGUGGAGACCAACAAGGGCCGGAUCCUGGCGCCGCUCACCGCCCUCGACAAGAUGGCCGACAGCUGAGACGCCACACCACAGCCUGGAUAAAGAUGAGCAUGUGUUUCCACCUCAGGCUGUGACCAAACCAAACAUUGACAAUCAUUGGUCCAUGUCUCAUCUGCUAACAUGGAGGAGCUGCAGUCUGGGACCUGUGCUGCUCACAGCCACCAGGGGGCGAUCCAGAUGAUUGGGCUUCCCUCUUUGGGAACAGCCAUGUUGUCCAUCUUCAUCUACAGUCUGUGCUCUGGUCGUUUCAUGUCAUGAACUUCUCUGGAGAUCAGAGGACUCUGAUGUAAACACAUUGAACUGCAGGGAAUCGAACCUACGAUGAUUCACUCUGAAUUAAAAAUGUGCUGAUCUUGAUCUUUUGUCAAUAAAUCAGACUCUGACCUGAGGAUCAUCAGUUCACGUCAAACCCAGAAGGUGAAGUGAUAAAUCUCAGGAAGGAGUUUUCUGUUUCACACGUUGAGUUCAGGGUGCGGUCCGAGCGUCGGAAAGACGAAGGUUCCCUCCACAAACUACAGGACUCCAUCUUUACUUCAUACUUUGCAAACAUUUUAAUGAUUAUUUUUUUGGAGCAUACACAUUUGAAAAUAUCUGUUUACCUCAAACUGCAACUUGAGUUAAAUAAAUGUUUAUAAUAUACAAAGAAAAUACAGGAGAGCAGAGCUGACACGUUGUCUUCUCUUUCCAUGUGCCUCGCACACGACCAGUGUUUCUGUCUCUACAGCUUCAUCAUAAAAGAAAACACCAAAUGCACUCUGACCCCUACAGCCGGCCAGGAACAACCCCAAAACUGUCACACACACGCACACACACACACAAAACAAAAAGCAAAAGAACAAAAAAAUAAAAACAGAAACGGGGCGGUGAUUGUUUGGAGGAGGAACUGAAAACUGAAGCUACGAGGAGGAAGGUCAGCACACACACACACAGCA